AUGCUGCGAUGGUAUAUGCGGCGAGGGGUGGUGUCCGUGUGUGCGGGGAGGUGGGGGAGGGGCCUGCGACUGGUGAUGAUGAUGCUGAUGAUGAUGAAGCACGCCACACACGCUGACGUCAUCUUUAAAGUGCCCGAAGUUAUGGCUCGACCGAUUUCAGGCUCCCGCGCGGUAGGUGUGGGGUCAACGAACUCCAGCAGGUCGGAGCCAGUAGCAGCAGCAGCAGGCGGCUGGCCGGAGCCGGAGCCGCAGUACGAGGAGUACUUCGUGGAGCACGACGUGUCCACGGCCGACGCGCGCGCCGCCGCACAGCUCCUCAACUUGGAUGACAUUCCAGAGACCCGCGUGGGUUGCGGUCCUUGCAGCCGCCGUGAGAUGGAGUACUGUGAGAGCCGCGUGUUGUCUGACCACUGCUGCUGCGAGCGUCAGUUCCUCCCGGAGCCGUUCCCCUGGCUGCCUCACACCUGCUACGUCGGUCCUCACCGCUGCAGGCCGCUCGCUAGAGACUGCACCAAGUACGCUCGCCUCAGAGACUGCUGCUGUCUGAGGAGGCUCGCUGAGAGAUGGAAGUCUAUCCUGUCAUCAUCUCCACGUGGUCGCUCGUGUCUGUUGCUGCUGGUCUCCUCACUCCUCGUGCUCCUCAGCAUCACCUACACCAACAUAUACUGA